AUGUCGCAACGCUGCGAAACCACCCAGGAAGCACUCGCGCCACACGGCCCCCACGAUAAAGCGGGCAUCGCACGCACCUACACUGCACCUCCCGCAACUCAUGACCCCACCACGUCUCCCGGGACUGGCACCAAUGAGCACGAAACGAUCCCCUUGGAGAAGUUCCGCGAUGUACUCCGCGAACCCUUCCAUUACAGCCUCAUGCAUCCCGAGAUGCUGCCGCUGACGAAGAAGAUAUACCUCCAGUGGCUGGGCUUGGGGCCGCCGCGGAUGGUAGUCAUGGCGGACUCGGACACGAUCCCCGCGCAGGAGCAACAACAACCAUCCGUGCCCCCGGACAUCCUGGGACAGCAGUUCUUCGCGGAGCUCACCGCCGCGGGUGACUUGGAUGUAGAGCACAGUAGUCGUGGGCGCAAACGUCCGCUUUCCCCGCCUGCCGCGAGGCACGAGGAGGGCAUGCCAUGCGGCGACCACCCACUGACUAACAAGGAGCCCGCGCUGCUCUACGACUCCUUGGCGCAGGUAGUCAAGAACACCCAGUGGACCACGUCCCAGGCAGACGACGUCAUUCAUCCGGGUUCGGCCACCAACCGGAGCAGGAGGCCCCCGGCGCCUAUUGGAGCUGAGGUGCGGCCCUCCAGGUCGCGGUCGCGGUCGCCGAACAUCCCCUGCGGGUCAUUCGGCCUGCCCCGCUACGAUCCGAGGUCGCUCUCCGACCCACUGGAGCACGUCUUCAAGAGUACUCAGUGGUCCACGUCGCAAGACGACGUCAUUCAAGCUGGUGCAGACGUCGAUAAGAGCAGGAGGCCCUUGCCCCCGAUUGGAGCAGAAGUGCGGCCUCCUCAAUCGCGGUCGCAGUCGCAUAAGAUCUCGGGCGGGUCUGUCCUCGUACCGCACUACCAACCGGAGCCGCUCCCUGCGUACUCGCCCGAUGACGACGAGGACUACGACGAGGGCGAGCUUCCGUGUGGGUAUGAACGGCAGCCCACGAUGCUGGAUAUGGCCGAGCGCGGCGAAUGGUUGCGGACGCCGCUGGGCCAUCCUAUCGAGUAUGGGGAGAUGACGGGGACGGGAUAUACGCCGGGGCCGCGAGAGUCAGCGUUUCCGCCGACGGGUCAUAAUCACGGUAGGGCGAGCAGCUGGGGAUCUGAGGAUUAG